UGUAAGGAAUUUCCUCGAUCUGAUUGAAUUACGCGAGUAGUCAGGUCAAUGAAUCAGAUUGCUUAAUACCAAUACGGAACGUUGUUAAAUUCGCAAACGUAUCAUCAGUAUGAUCGAUGAAUUCAUUCCGAAUACAGUGAGUUGCAAUAUUGUGAAAUUUAUCUAACGACAAAUUAGUGAAUAAGAACAUUGAAUGUUGUUUCUUUGUUAUUUACAGAGAAACACAGCUGUUUUUAUUUCAACCAGAAAGAUACUUAAUAACAUUAUAAAACAACAUUCUGGUUUUAAAUCACUAUGGAAAAGUUGAAGUUCACAUUCAAAAUGCUGGCUGCUUCAGAUGGGAAGUCAAAUGUGCUUUGUGUGACCAGAAUAACUACAACGGAUGGAAAUACAUUCAAAAUCCCAAAUGAGUAUUCAAAUGCAUUAUUACAUGUAGAAUUACUAAAAACUGCGGCAUAUACAAAAAUCAAGAAAACUUGCUCACAAAGAGGCCAAACAAGGAGAGUGUGGGUGAGUUUAACAAAAGAAAUGAGAAAUACUUAUUUUGAUGAGGAUGGAAAUAUCCAGUUUGAAAGCGUAUACUUAGAGGAAGUGAGUGAAGAAAGCAGUGACACAACUACAAGUACUAGUGCUCCAGAACAUUCAUUAGAAAAAUUAUUAGAGAAGAUACUGAAGAAAAACCAAGAAAAUAGUGGAGAGAGAAAUGUGGGUAAAUUGGCCACAGAAUUUACUAUCGGAAAAUUUGAUGGAAAAAAUGCAAAUGCAGAGCAAUGGUUAAGAAGUUUUGAAAAAGAAUGUGAAAGAUUCGAAAUUGAUGAAAAUUGUAAUAAAAUAGAAAUUUUGAAAUCAUUUAUGGAAAAAGUUGCUGCAGAUUGGUAUGAUUGUACUCUAUUGAAACUCACUAUCACAGCAGAAUGGAAUGAUUGGAGAGAAAAUUUUUGUAAGACUUUCUCAUGUAAAGGUUGGUCUCCAAUAAAAUAUGCAAUAGCAUUUAGAUAUCAAGCGGGCUCACUAUUAGAAUAUUCUAUGAAGAAGGAAAAAUUACUAUUACAAGUAAGAAAAACUAUGGAUAGUGAUACGCUUGUUGAUCUUAUUGCUAUGGGUUUACCCAACUCCAUAUUAGACAAAAUUGAUAGAGAAAAAAUAGUAAAAUCUGAAGAUCUACAUAAUGAAUUGAAUAAAUUAGAACAUUUAACCAUGAAAAAAAAUUCAGAAGUCAAAAAGUUUAAGCCUGACUUUAAAGGAAAAACGGAAAAAAUACCUUGUAAAAUAUGCAAAGAUAAUAACAAAGGAACAAGAUUUCAUCCCGAAAUGGAAUGUUGGUUUAGAGACCCAGAAAAGAAAGGUAACAAACUGAGACAAGUAAAUAACUUAACUUUAGAUGUAGAAUUAAGUACAGAUGAUACAAAAAACUAAUCGUACCACCAUUAAUUGAACUCAAAAUUAGGUUGAAUGAUAUUUUGGAAAUACCUGCAAUUUAUGAUCCAGGAUCAAAUAUAUCAUUGAUAAAUGCUAAAUUGAUUAAUGUAAAGACAAAAAAUGGCUAUAAAAAGAAAACUAAUUUGAGAACGAUUAAUGGUGUUCAUGAAACAGAUGGUAUGGUUAAAUUAAAAAUAAAAAUAUUAAAUAUAGAAAAAUAUGUAAACGUGUUCAUAAUCAAUAAUGAAAAUUUUAAGUACAAUUUCCUUAUAGGCCUAGAUUGUAUUCAAAAAUUUAAGUUGAUACAAAAUGAAAGAUUAGAGAUAGAACAAAAAGAUUCCGAAUCUAAUAUAUUAAUGAAUGAGUAUCAAAUUAAUUUUAAUGAACAUGUAGAGAUAAAUACUUUUAAUAUUUCAAUGAAUCAUUUGAAUAAUAUUGAAAAAAAAGUUAUAACAGAUUUAGUAAACAAAUAUAAAAAUAUUUUUGCUAAAGAUAAGUACGAUAUAGGUACUGUGAAAGACUAUGAAGCAAGAAUUGACCUCAUAGUAGAUAAAUAUUGUAGUAAAAGGCCUUAUAGAUGUACAAUUGAUGACAAGAAAGAAAUAGAAGUACAAAUAUCUCAAUUACUUGAAAAAAAUUUGAUAGAAGAAUCAUAUAGCCCUUUUACUGCCCCGGUAACUUUAGCCUUUAAAAAAGAUGAAAAUAGAAGAUCAAGAUUAUGCAUAGAUUUUAGAGAUUUAAACAGAAUAAUAGUCCCUCAAUCACAACCGUUCCCAUUAAUAGAAGACCUAGUAAUCAAAACAAGAAACUGCAAAUUUUUUUCAAAGCUUGAUAUUAAUUCUGCUUUUUGGUCAAUCCCUUUACGAAUUGAAGAUAGAAGAAAAACGGGAUUUGUAACCCAAGAAGGUCACUUCCAAUGGACUUGCCUACCAUUCGGAUUAAAAACAUCUCCGGCCAUUUUCCAAAGAAUUCUUAGUAAUAUAAUAAGAAAACACAAAUUAUCAGAGUUCACAGUUAACUAUAUAGACGACAUUUUAAUAUUUUCAAAAUCCUUUGAAGAACACAUAGAUCAUUUGACACAGUUAUUAGAAGCAAUCAUGAAAGAAGGAUUUCGAUUAAAACUCUCGAAAUGCACAUUCGCACUCGACUCAGUACAAUAUUUAGGCCACAUAAUAAAACAUAACACGAUCUCGCCAAUGAAGGAUAAUUUAAUAUCGAUAAGAAAUUUUCCUGUGCCAAAAAAUAGAAAAAAUGUUCGACAAUUUUUGGGUAAAAUUAAUUUUUACAACGAAUACAUACCAAAAAAUUCAAUAACUUUAGACCCACUACAUAAUUUACUGAGAAAAGGACAGGAAUUCAUUCGGUCAGAAAAAUGUCAAAAUGUAUUUGAUUAUAUGAAAAAUUUUCUUUGCAUCCAACCAGUUUUAGCCAUUUUCGAUCCAGGCUUACCGAUUCAUAUAUAUACAGAUGCAAGCUUGCAAGGCAUAGGUGCCGUUUUAAAACAACCACAACUGAACGAAAAUAGUAAAACAGAAAAACCAGUAGCAUAUUUUUCCAAGAAAUUGAAUGAAUCACAGAAAAAGAAAAAAGCAAUUUAUUUGGAAUGUAUAGCAAUAAAAGAAUCCGUAAAGUAUUGGCAACAUUGGCUUAUAGGUAAACACUUCAAAGUAUUUUCAGAUCACAAACCUCUAGAAAAGAUGAAUAUAAAAGCUAGAACUGACGAAGAACUAGGAGAUCUCACUUAUUACUUGUCACAAUUUGACUUUGAGAUAAUUUAUCGCCCGGGCAAGGAUAACUUAGAAGCAGAUUGCUUAAGCAGAAAUCCGGUGCUAGACGCUGAAGAAGAAGAAGAAGACAAGAUAAAAGUGGUGAACUUAAUAAAAUUAGAGGAUAUUUUAGAAGACCAGAAGCAGAAUAAAGAUAUAAAAAUCAAUAAAAAUGGACUGAGAAUGGACAGUAAAAAUAAUUUGUGUUAUAAAAAAGCAAGAAAUAAAGAGAAAAUUUUACUGUCAGAAGAAUUCAGUGAAAAACCAAUUAAGGACACACACAAUGAAUUUGGUCAUAUUGGAAUAAAUCAAAUGAAAAACAAAAUACUCACUCAUUAUACAGCAGCAAAUAUAUCAGAAAACAUAAGAAAAAUGUGUAGAUAUUGUGAGGUUUGCAUAAAAAAUAAAACAAGAGGACAAAACAAAAUUGGCUUAAUGUCACAUCUUGGGCCAGCAAAAAAACCAUUCGAAAUAGUCUCCAUAGACACAAUAGGUGGAUUUGGUGGCUCAAGAUCCACGAAAAAAUAUUUACACCUCCUAGUAGAUCACUUUUCAAGGUAUGCUUACAUAUUAACAUCGAAAACACAAAAUGCAAAUGAUUUUGUUAAACUAACAGAAAAUGUACUAAAAGAUCACGAUAUUCAAAUACUUUUGACAGAUCAAUAUCCAGGUAUAAACUCUAAAGAUUUCAAAAAUUUUUUAGUGAGAAAAGGGAUUACAAUGAUUUUUACAGGAGUUAAUGCACCAUUUUCGAAUGGUUUAAAUGAAAGACUCAACCAAACCUUAGUAAAUAAGAUAAGAUGUACAACGAACGAAGGAAAAAAUAAGCAUGCAUGGACAACUGUAGCUCAUAACUGUAUAGAUCAAUACAAUGAAACUGAGCAUACAGUGACGAAAUUUAGUCCAAAAUAUUUAUUAGAGGGCGAAGAUACAUCAAUAUUACCGAAUGAACUGAAAAAAAAUAAAAAUUAUAAUCAACUAGAAAACGAUAGAAUGACUGCAUAUAGGAAUAGUAUAAAAUAUCAUGAGUAUAAUAAGAAAUUAUAUGACAAAAAUAGGAAGGAGUUCGACUUUAAUGUGGGAGAUUUAGUGUACAUUGAAAAUGGCAAUAGAAUGAACCGGAAGAAAUUAGAUGAAGUGAGAAUCGGGCCAUAUAAAAUUUUGAAGAAGAUAUCGAAUUCAAUAUAUGAAAUUGAUAUAGGACAUAAGAAAUCAGAAUCAAAUAUAUUUCACAUUUCGAAGCUCAUUCCAAAACCUUGUUAAUGAAAACCUUAGCAUAUACUUAAAUAUAAAUUUAUAUAAUUUUUGCAAUAUUGUAAUUCACGCAAAAUUUUCUUGUACCAAAAAAAUUUUUGUCUUAAGGGGGGAGAUGUAAGGAAUUUCCUCGAUCUGAUUGAAUUACGCGAGUAGUCAGGUCAAUGAAUCAGAUUGCUUAAUACCAAUACGGAACGUUGUUAAAUUCGCAAACGUAUCAUCAGUAUGAUCGAUGAAUUCAUUCCGAAUACAGUGAGUUGCAAUAUUGUGAAAUUUAUCUAACGACAAAUUAGUGAAUAAGAACAUUGAAUGUUGUUUCUUUGUUAUUUACAGGUAGGAUUAAUAUUCUAGAUCAUGUAUGUAAGUGUAAAUAGUGUAUAUAAUAAUAAAAGCUUUAUUAUUUACAGAGAAACACAGCUGUUUUUAUUACAACCAGAAAGAUACUUAAUAACAUUAUA